ACUGAAGGCAACGCCAAUGUUAUAUAUAUUAAACAAAGGCAUUCUGAGACUGAUCGUGCCAAUAGCUCGCCAUUACAGAGCACUAAUACUUUAUUACUCCAUCUGCUUUACUUCUUUUGUUCGUUCGGAAGGAAUAAGCAAAAUUACAUGGGGUCCCAGAGCGAAACCGUUUGCGUCACGGGCGCCUCUGGCUUCAUCGGGUCAUGGCUAAUCAUGAGACUCCUCGAGCACGGUUAUAACGUCCGAGCAACCGUGCGAGACCCAGAUAAUAUAAAGAAGGUAAAGCAUCUGCUGGAAUUGCCAAAGGCGGAGACGCACAUGACUCUGUGGAAGGCUGACCUCAACGAACCGGGAAGCUUCGAUGAAGCCAUUAAAGGGUGUACCGGAGUGUUCCAUGUGGCUACACCCAUGGACUUUGAGUCCAAGGACCCCGAGAAUGAAGUGAUAAAGCCAACGAUAGAAGGGCUGUUAGGCAUCAUGGAAGCAUGUGUCAAAGCAAAAACUGUACGAAGACUGGUAUUCACAUCUUCUGCAGGAACUGUGAAUGUUGAAGAGCACCAAAAGCCAGUCUAUGAUGAAAGCUGCUGGAGUGAUGUUGAGUUUUGCCGGGCCAAAAAGAUGACUGGAUGGAUGUAUUUCGUGUCCAAGACACUUGCUGAGCAAGCCGCAUGGAAGUAUGCCAAAGAAAACAACUUGGAUUUCAUCACUAUCAUCCCACCUCUUGUAGUUGGUCCUUUCAUCAUGCCGUCUAUGCCACCAAGUCUUAUAACCGGACUUUCCCCUAUCACCGGGAAUGAAGCUCAUUACUCGAUCAUAAAGCAAGGCCAAUUCGUCCACUUGGAUGACCUUUGUAAUGCCCAUAUAUAUUUGUUUGAGCAUCCUAAGGCAGAGGGGAGGUACAUAUGCAAUGCUGCAGAUGCUACAAUUCACGAUAUUGCAAAAUUGCUUAGAGAAAAGUACCCAGAAUAUAAUGUUCCUACCAAGUUCAAAAAUAUCGAUGAUAACUUGGAGAUUGUGUCGUUCUCUUCCAAGAAGGUAAAAGCCUUGGGAUUUCAGUUCAAAUACAGCUUGGAGGACAUGUUUGUAGAAGCUGUCGAAACAUGCCGAGAAAAGGGGUUGCUUCCCAAGGCUGCUGGCGAUGAAAAGCAUGUCAACGGCAACAACUAAGCCUGAUUAAUUGGUCUCAUAUCUUAUGUUUGUGUUGGAUUUAAAAUAAAAUGUCUUUUCAAUUUGUGAGAUGAGAGCUAUCUGCUGAUGUGAUUUCCAUCAUUCCAUGUUGUAUUCGCUCAACAUCUAAUUACCUAUUGUUAUGUUAAGUUGAGUUUGAUGGGAAAAAGUGUAUCCGUUUUUGGAUGAUAAUGAUAUGUUGUUGGUAAAUUUCUUGGGUA